AUGGAAGGCGAUGAUUUAUUUGACGAAUUUGGGAAUCUAGUAGGAGUUAAUCCUUUGGAUUCUGAUGAAGAAGAAGAAGAAGUACUAGAUGAGCAGGAGCUAUACGAAACAGAUAUAACUGGGGAAAGCGGUGACAAGAAUGGAAUUAAGGCCAAUCCAUUUAUUUCAGUAGGAAAUGACAAGGGAGUUGGGACAGACUUAGGAUACCCCUAUGGCAAGGGAGUGGAAGUAUUAAUAGAAACCGAGAACACGCAGUCAGUAAAGACUCCAUUGGUAAAGCCAGUAGCGGAGCGAAGUAAGUUACAAGAACAUACAAUUUUUACACAGUUAAAGAAAAAUAUUCCGAAAACCAAAUACAACCGGGAUUAUAUGCUGUCAAUGACAGAUAUCCCAGAAAGAAUAAUAAAUGUUGGCGUAAUUGGACCCCUCCAUUCAGGUAAGACCUCUCUUAUGGAUCUUCUAAUAAUUGAUUCGCACAAACGCAUCCCAGAUAUGUCUAAGAAUACGGAACUUGGAUGGAAACCAUUAAGAUAUAUGGAUAAUAUGAAGCAAGAAAUAGAUCGGGGAAUCUCCAUCAAACUUAAUGGUUCCACUCUACUUUGCACCAAUUUAGAAUCCAAGUCUAACAUAAUAAACUUUCUGGAUGCUCCAGGGCAUACCAAUUUUAUCGAUGAAACGGCUGUCGCAUUUGCUGCCAGUGAUUUGGCUUUAAUUGUGAUAGAUGUUGUAGAAGGUGUUACUUCUGUAGUGGAGCAACUAAUAAAACAAAGUAUUAGAAAUAAAUUAGCGAUGUGUUUUGUUAUCAAUAAACUCGACAGGCUGAUUUUAGAUCUGAAGUUACCGCCAAUGGACGCAUAUUUUAAGUUGAAUCACAUAAUUAAAGACAUUAAUUCAUUCACCAAGGGGCAGGUAUUUUCACCGGCAUACAAUAAUAUAAUUUUUGCUUCGGCAAAACUGGGCUUCACCUUUACUGUCAAGGAAUUUGUAGCUUAUAACUACUCGCAUUCAAUUCCUCCUUCUAAAAUAGAUGAUUUUAUCACACGGCUGUGGGGUAGCGUUUACUUUCAUAAGGGCAACUUUCAGUCAAAACCAUUUGAUAGUGUGGAAGGGUACCCAACUUUUGUUGAGUUUAUUCUCAAUCCGAUCUACAAGAUAUUCUCCUAUGCUCUGUCCAUGGAAAAAGAUAAGUUAAAAAAUCUAUUGAGGAACAGUUUUAGGAUUAAUCUAAGGCAUGAAGUCCUCAAGUAUGAUCCACAACCUUUUUUGAAACAUGUUUUACAACUAAUCUUUAAGGAACAGACUGGUCUUGUGGAUUCCAUAACAAGAUGUUACGAGCCACUUACAUUGACUGACAAUAAGGUAAACCAACUUUCAAGUCCGGGCAAACAUACUUCGAAAGACAUUCUAUGGGCUCAUGUGUUGAAGACUUUGGAUUAUGGUGGAACAGAAUGGUCCCUUGUUCGCAUAUAUUCUGGCCUUCUGAAGAGAGGUGACAAAGUGCGUAUACUAGAUACGUCGCAAUCUGAGUCCCGCCAAAAAAGAGCGAUUAUUAAUAAUACAGAGAUAGAAAGUUUCGACAAAGAGGAGGAUGGUGAUGAUGACGAAACACCUAUGUGUACGGUUGAAGAAAUUGGCUUAUUAGGUGGUAGGUAUGUCUAUCCGCUUAGUAAAGCGCACAAAGGACAGAUAGUAUUGGUAAAAGGUAUUUCCAGUGCAUAUAUUAAAUCUGCUACGUUGUAUUCUGUGAAGAAUAAGGAAGAUAUGAAGACACUAAAGUACUUUAGACCCUUGGAUUAUAUCACUGAGGCAGUUUUCAAGAUUGUUCUUCAGCCCUUGCUGCCAAAAGAAUUGCCGAAGUUAUUGCAUGGCCUUAACAAAGUCACUAAGUACUACCCAGGCGUUGUUGUCAAAGUCGAGGAAUCGGGAGAACACGUGAUAUUAGGGAAUGGGGAGUUAUACAUGGAUUGCUUACUAUAUGAUUUGAGGACAAGGUAUGCAGAUAUAGAGAUCAAAAUAUCAGAUCCUUUAACUGUUUUUUCGGAAAGUUGCUCAAAUGAAUCAUUUGCCUCGAUACCCGUAAACAAUUCCAUAUCGCGCCUGAAUGACGAAAGCUCGCUAGGUCUAGCGAUUAGUGUUACUGCCGAACCACUGGAUUUUAAAAUGAUCCAGGACUUGAGCAAGAACGUGUUAGGGAAGGGCCAAAACUAUUUGAAUAUAGAUGAAAUAAUAGACAACCCAAGAAAACUAUCUAAGAUACUGAGAACAGAGUAUGGAUGGGAUUCGUUGGCAUCAAGAAACGUUUGGUCAUUCUAUAAUGGGAAUGUGUUAAUUAAUGACACUUUGCCAGGUGAAGUCAGCCCAGAAUUACUAUCCGAAUAUAAACAACAAAUUAUACAAGGAUUUUACUGGGCUGUGAAAGAGGGUCCAUUGGCAGAAGAGCCAAUUUACGGCGUACAGUAUAAGUUGUUAUCAAUCACAAUACCUUCCGAUACAAACAUCGACGUUAUAAAAAGUCAAAUCAUUCCAUUAAUGAGAAAAGCCUGUUAUGUUGGUUUGUUAACGGCGACGCCAGCAUUGCUGGAGCCUGUUUAUGAAGUUAACAUUACGGUUCAUGCUCCGUUACUACCAAUAGUAGAAGAGCUCGUCAAAAAAAGACGCGGCAGCAGGAUAUAUAAGACAAUAAAAGUGGUGGGGACGCCGUUGAUGGAGAUUCGUGGACAGAUCCCAGUUAUCGAAUCUCCAGGGUUCGAAAUAGAUUUGAGAUUAUGUACGAACGGCCUUGGUAUGUGUCAGUUGUACUUUUGGCACAAGAUCUGGAGAAAAGUGCCUGGCGAUGUUUUGGAUAAAGAUGCCUUUAUUCCGAAGUUGAAAGCAGCACCUGUCAAUAGUUUAAGCCGUGAUUUUGUGAUGAAAACAAGAAGGCGGAAGGGUAUUUCUACAGGUGGAUUUAUGUCGAAUGAUGGCCCGACGUUAGAAAAGUAUAUAAGCGCUGAGCUAUUUGUUCAAUUGAGAGAAAACGGCCUGAUACCAUAG